AUGUAUAUAUUUGGUGAAUAUGAAGUGACAAGUGAUGUUUCAAAUGUUUCAUAUGAUAGAGUGAAAACAGAACUAGAUAGUUCAAUUAGGGACUAUUGUUUCUUUUAUACAAAACUUUUUACAAAUAGAUUUGUAUUAAAUUGUAAUAAAGGGAUACCAGAUAGCUAUGACCCUUUAUCAACCAAAGUAACUUUUUCAUCAGGUGAUAAAUCUAAAGUAUUUACCUUGGAGCCAUUGACUAAUUCUGGGCUAGAUAAUAGUUUAGCAAUUACAAGUAUUGAAACAUACCCAGAUUCGCAAAGUAUUCAAGAUUUAAAACUAUUUGGAUAUGGAAGAGGCUCUGUUCUUUUAUUUAAAACUAACUCGGCAGUAUAUAAAAGGUUUUUCUAUUUAAAAUUAAAUGGUUUGCAAUUAAUCUUUCAAAAUUACCCAAUUUAUGGUGAUGAUUCGAGUACAACAUAUUUAGCUCCACUUGGAAUAGGUUCUAAUCUUUAUGACCUUUAUUAUUUCCAAACUAACAGACUUAUUAAAGCAAAUUCAAAUCAGAUAAAAACACAUGUAACUGAUUAUAGUUUAGUUUCUAUACCAACGAUUGGUUUAAAUACACCAGUUUAUUCAACUUCUAUUCCAGUUUUAACUUUAACUUUUACAGAUAAUAAAAAAUAUGAUUUUCAAUCCAUAGAGUAUUGUGUAUUCAACCAAGACUUCCCAAUAACCGCUAAAUUCCCAUUUGGGUAUUUUGAAUCUUCACCUGGAUCAUAUAGUUACCAAGCUAGUUUUUUAUUAAAGCCUCAAUAUAGUUCAACAGCUAAUAUUUAUUAUACCCCACUGUCUCAACAAACACAAAAGACAAUACCAUUUCAAAGUUUUGAUACUUCAUUUAAUUAUGAUCAAGCAUUGGCCCCUACAAUUUACAACGCAGAAAAAUACCAUUUAGAAAAUCAUUUAUAUUUAUUAAAACUUUCUAUUGUUAUCCCCUAUAACUUUAACUAUAUUUUGUGUGAUAAAAAACAUUUUGGAGUCGAAUCUUUGGUUUAUGGUCAUGUAAAUGAUGGUGUGUAUGAACUUACAAAUUUCGGUUCGGAAAUUUCGGUGGUUGACCAGGUUUUUUCAAGAUUCUACAGUCGUUAUGGUGAUAUUUUGGCUGCAUAUGGCCAAAAUGUAGAAAUCCAUCAAGAAGCUCCAUUUUUCAAUCUUGAUUAUUCAAUAAAAAAUGUAUCAUUUUUGUAUAAUAAUAUUGAUGUUACAGGUCAUAGACACUACAAUGUCCUCUACUUUAAUUAUAGCAAUGCACCAAAAGAAUCAGUAUUCAGAUUAGUACCAAUUUCAUCACUGAACGACCAUGUAGUAGAACCAGUGCUAUUUUUUUCAACUUUUAAUGAAACUUUAAAACUAUUUCAAAUUGAAUUUUAUGUAGACUCUAAUGUAGAACUUGGUGAAUAUAGUUUCUUUUUAACAAUCAACCCAUACACUUACUUUAUUAGUAGCUCUAAUUUAGAAACUAAGCUAAUAAUCAAAAAAUCAAAUAUGGAUUUUCAGGGACCGAUGUUUAGAGAAAUUAAAAAAAUUAUUCCAGGCCAACUUAAUGAGAAUAAUUUAGUUGGCACCAUUGGUUGGGAUGUCACAAUCGAAGAUCAAGUAAAUGGUUUUGACAGGGGAUAUGUAGUAAUAAAAGGUGAAAUCGAUCAAUCAACGUAUAAUAUUUCAUUGGAUUUAUCAAAAAUGAAAUCAGGAAAUAGAUUUCUUGGCCAGUAUCAUUUUGGUGUUGAUAUUUCAUACCCAUGCCUAACUCAAAACUAUGUGAUUGACGAAGUUAAACUAUAUGACAAAGGAAAUAGAGUAUCCAAUUUUUCAACACUACUUAUCAACUAUUCAAGUAUAUUCAAUCCAUUUUUAUACUUUUUAAAUUCAACAACAAUUAAUAAAAUUCAAUUAACCUGUGGUUCUGACUCAAAUGAUGAUACACCACCUGUUUUGGAUUCAUUUGUUGUUUCACCAGAAACAGAAAUCGAUGUUAGUACAAAGGACAGAACAAUCACUUUUACUUUUGGUGCCACUGAUCCUGAAAGUGGCAUAAAGAAUAAUACAUAUCCAAUAGUUUAUAUCAGCAAUUCAAAUAAUCAAAUUAUUGAAUGUGUUUCAAAAAUUUUGCAAAUAUCAAAUAAAGAGGCAAAAUACACUUGUUCAAAACAAUUACCUGUUGGAUUUGGUUACCCUGGCAAACUCAUAUAUUCAGUUUUUGGUCUAAUUAAUAAUGUGGGGUUGUAUAGUGGAUAUCCAGCUAAAACACUAUCUGAAAAAACAAAGCCAUAUUAUAUCGAAACCAAGUACACUACAGAAGAACCUUUGAUUAUUGGCACAUUGAACACAAUUACAGAUAGAGGCGGUAACCUAUGGUUAACUGGUAAAAAACUACUCAAGGCACAAAUUGGAUGUGUAAUGUAUAAUGAAAAUACGGUUCAAAACCCGGUAUCAACUCAGUUUUCAACUGUUAUUAAGGUUCCAAUCUUACCUACAAAAAAGCCUUUUGAAAUUUUUAUUAUUACAGAAUCAGGAAAUACCAAUUCGUUAAUCAUCACACCACAAAUUUAUGAUGGAUAUUUUAUUGAAUGUAAUAAUAAUGGUGUAAACAAUGGUGUUGGUUGCACCUGCCCAAACAAAUGGACAACACUCGAUUUCGAAAAGCAAUGUGCAGUACCAAACCAUUAUAUAAUAUCAUCAACCCAAGUAUCAUCAACAACAGGUGGUGAAAUUACACUUUAUGGUUGGUUUGGUUCAGUCAUAGAAAACCAAAAACUGUUUAUUGAUAAUAAAGAAGUAGCAGCACACAAUAUAUCUCCAGAGUCAAUCAAAACAACCAUAGGUCCUGGAAAAGUUGGUCCAGUUCAAUUUACUUUAACACAAAAUUCAGUUCAAUGGAGUGGUUUACUUUAUCCAUAUGAAGCCCCUGAAAAAGAAUGCCCAAUAAAAUGUAAUAUAAAUGGUGAGUGUGAUAAAACUACAGGUAUUUGCAAAUGUAAUCCAAAAUUCACAGGAUUUGACUGUUCAUCACCAAUCAAUGAAGGAAAUGAACCCCCAAAAACCGAAACUGAAGUCGGUAAUAAUGGUUCUACAGUUAUUAGGGAUAAUGAAGUUGGUUUCGCAAUUUCAAUCGAAUCCAUAGUGGAGCUAGACUUAAAUAAUAAUGUAGUAUCAACACAUAAUUUAUCAUCAGUUUGGGAUUUUAUAAAAAAAGUAGACACAGUUUCAUCAUUUAAUCAAAAAAGAAUAAACGACGACAAUACCAAUGCAACAAUAGGUUUAGUUGUAGAAGAGGUAAUCGGAAAAGACAAAGAUUUUAUCUUUGCAGGUAAUCAAUUUACAGUAUCUAAAGGUGGUUUGAAAAUAACACUUUCAAUUUCAAAUUGGUUAUAUAAAAGCAACUUAAAUCGAUUACAGGUACAAAUGUCAUCAGAUAUAUCUAUAUCAAACGACAAUUGCAAUUCAGAUAAUGAAAAUGCUAUGGUAGAGUCAUCAUCACAAUAUUUAUCAAAUAAUAUUAAUUAUUUGAAGAUUUCAAAAAAUAAAAGAGUUUUAUAUGCAAAGUUCCAAGAUAAAAUGCUAGCUAAUGAUAGACCAACCACCAUUACAACUCAGCUGCUAUCAAAGAAUGAAACCUCAGUUAAAAUCUCUUUAAAUUUACCACAUUGUGAGGAGUGUUUAAUAGAUCCUGAUUUUUCUUUAUUAAUUUCUCAAGACUAUAAAUUUGAUUGUCAAAAAUCUAAAAAUUGGAUUAUAGCAGUUGCAGUAGUGGCAGGUGUGGUUGGCCUUGCUUUAAUAUUUAUAGCAUCCUUUAUAAUUUAUAAAAAGAGUACUUUCUUAAAAAUUAAAGUAUAUGCUUUUAAAAAACAUUUAAAACAAUAA